UCUCCUUCCACGAACCACGAACUGGCUGGUAGAAAAGAAAAGCCCGUUGUUGUCAGGUUUUACGAUGAAUCCAUCCCGGGAUCCUUCUUUACUCCCUAAGACGCCUCUUCCAGCAGGCUUAUUACCUCCCGGCUAUAAGUUUCGAGUGGAAAAGUUCGAUGUUACUAUAGUACGAUACAUCGCUGAAGGUGGCUUCUCUCAUGUUUAUCUCGUAAAAAUGUAUGCGCCUGGUAAGGCUACUUUGGAAGCUGUGCUAAAACGCAUAUUUGCUACGGAUGCUCUUGCUUUUAAGGCUGUUUAUGAAGAAGUCAAUACAAUGAAACUGGUUUCGAAUCAUAAACGAUGCGUUUCUUACUACGGGUCUGAAUUUUUCUCCGUCGGAAAGAGCCAGUAUGAGUCUCUUGUAUUAUUAGAGUACUGCUCUGGAGGAGGCUUAAUUGACUUCAUGAAUAGUAGGCUGCAAAUUCGAUUGACUGAGUCAGAAAUAUUGAAAAUUGCUUCUCAUGUCACCGAAGCUGUGGCUUCAAUGCAUUAUCUUCGUCCUCCAUUAAUACACAGAGAUCUAAAAAUCGAAAAUGUUUUGCUAGCAGCUCCAAACUCCUAUAAACUUUGCGAUUUUGGUAGUGCUUGUCAUCCGAUUUCGAGCCCUAAAACAGCUACUGAAAUUCGGCAAGUCGAGUAUAAUGUUGAGAAAUAUACAACCUGGCAAUAUCGAUGUCCUGAAAUGCUUGAUUUGCGUCGAGGAUUUGGAAUUGAUGAAAAAAGUGAUAUAUGGGCUUUAGGUAUUUUAUUUUACAAAUUGUGCUAUUAUACGACUCCUUUCGAACAGCAAGGUCCUCUUGCUAUUUUAAACGUGAACUACAUGUUCCCUCCUUUGCCUUCCUAUUCUACUCGCUUAAAACGUUUAAUAUCUGCUUUACUCCAACAAAAUCCAUGGCAGCGGCCAAACAUAUAUCAAACAUUGGCUGAGAUUUGUCAUAUGCAAAAUAUGCCCAUUCCAAUAAGGGAUAUUUAUAGUGGUAAAAAUUCGUCAAGUUGUAAUCCUUCUGGUUCUGAAUAUCUGCAAAUGACUUCAAAUCUGGAAAAUGGUGGACUGCACCCUAGCGAGUCGAGUGGUUCAAUACACACAAGAUUACCGCCUAUGGCCCCUCACGGCCUUCCCAAUGCUGCACCUGUCCCAAUACCUUCUAACUCAGAACUAAACUCAGGAAAGCCACCCUUCUCAUUUGCAAAACCAAUACAGGUAGGGGCAUCACUCCCAAAUGUUCCACCUAAACCAUUUCAACCCGCUCUUGGUAAAAACGUUUCAUCUAUUUAUCCUGACAGAAAUUUUCACUUAUCACCUACAAACGCGCAGGAACUUACGGAUGUUAAAGCUGCCAAUCCUCCUAAAGCGACUUUGGAUAUAGCAGAUAAUGUGUUUUCUUCCACGUCCCGUAAGCCUACGGAAAAGAAAGAAAAAGAAAAGGAUAUAGGUGAAACAAUGUUGAAAAAUCCAAUUGAUACCCAGAAGUCUUCUGGGUUGGUAUCUUCUUUACCGGUUUCAAAUAUAGCUAGAUCUGAGUCUCCACCAAAGGUAAACUCACUUAUCAGCAAAUGGAACAAUGUUUCACGUCCACAGUCAUUACCAAACUUACAAGGUCGGCGAUCCGUCCCACAAGUUCCUCGUAAACCUGGUUUUUUAUGCGGAAGUAGUCGGUCCUCAAUGAGUACACCGACUCCUCAAUCUUCUGUGCCAGUAAACCUACUUAUUGAGCCUAAAGGACAUAAAAAAAUAUCUUUCGAACCUAAAACGCAAUUGCAAAAAGGAAAUAUUAGUGAUAAGGGUUUAGAAAAGUCCGACGAAAAGUUUGCGUCUACCAGAAACGAAGAGGAGACUGAUCCUCCAUUCGUAAGUAUCACAGAAAGAAUGAAUCAAUUAUUAGCAGGUAAAGAGUAUCAAAAGGCAUCUGAUGACGGAUAUAGAAAAUACACGGAUCCUAAUAAAACUACUAAAUAAUGAUUUUGUCACGAUUUGUUUACUGAAAAG